ACUGCAGUUGUGUAACAAUCCCUCCUACUGCACGAUUACCUCACUUGGACAGUGUAAAAUAUCCUAGAUACCACCGUUCACGAGGAAGUACUCGGCUUCCUCCCAACCUUUUCCAGGCACAUUCGACUUUGUGGUUUAACUUGCUAAGAACCCAAGAUGAAGCUGUCUAUUCUUGGGGCUACAGGCCAGACGGGACUUUACUUGGUAAACCAAGCCUUGGAACAGGGUCAUGCAGUGACUGCUCUUGUACGAAAUGUCAGCAAAAUCACCAUUCAGCAUGACAACUUAAAGGUUGUGGAGUGUAAUGUAUUUUCAUCAGAAUCAUUGGCUGAGCACUUUAAAGGUCAAGAUGCUGUCCUUUCCUGUCUGGGCUUUCCAUAUAAAAUGUUUUCGUCAAUCAGUGGAUACACUGACUCAAUGGCGGCCAUCGUGGCAGCCAUGCGCCAGAGUGAAGUGAAUAGGAUUGUAACAAUGACUUCUUGGUAUACUGAUACAAGCUCGGCUCAGAAUUCUUCGUUUUUUGUGCGCAAUGUACUUAUACCUCUCAUUAGAAGUGUGCUUAACAAUAUGCGUGAGAUGGAGCAAUACUUGGAAAAGGAAUGCUCUGAUCUCAACUGGACUGUUGUACGGCCACCUGGACUCCAAAAUAUUACUGCCACGGAAAAAGAAAUAAUCACUCAUGAAGGCUAUUUUGUUCCUGAUGAAAAAGGUUACCCAAUAACAAACACUGUGGCUCGUGGAGACGUGGCAAGGUUCAUGCUCUCUGCCAUUAAUGACGAUCAAUGGACAAGAAAAACUAUUGCAAUGUGUUGUAAAGGUUAAAGUGACUAAUUACAUCAACUUGGCACUAAUGAAACUUAUGUAUCACACAAAACAAUGCACGGUUAUUGCAUGCUAUUUUUUAUGUAUUAAAUAUUUUUUAUGUAAAAGAUCAAUUUGUGAAAUAAACCUAUUCUGUACCUUCUGCAA